AUGGCAGGUCAUUCUUCAUGGGAAGAACAACGUUAUUUAUAUCCUCAUGAUAUUCGAGAUAAAUUUCCUGUUUGGGAACGUGAAUUUAAUAUUGAACCAUUUAAAUAUGAACGAUCACGCUUACCAUUUCGUAUGACAAAUGAAGAACGUUUAUGGCGUAAACAGUGGCUUCAAGAUCAAGUUUUAGCAGCUGAUGAACCAAAAUAUGUACCGAAUUUACAUAAACUUCAUAAAAAUCCUGUUCGUUAUCGAUGGAUGGUUUUUUGGGAUGGAGUAUUUAAUCGAUUACGUCCUGUUGUUGGUAAUACUGCAGCAUCUAUGCUUCGUCAAACAGUUCCAAAAUUACUCAUUCUCCAAUUAGGUAUUUGGAGUUUGGUAUACGCGGUUUUUUACCAUAAACAAGAUUGGGAAAAAUGGGGUGGAUGGCAAGUUUAUGGUUAUAAAGGAAAACAUCUUGCAAAUGUCAGUCCAUGGAAAACACUUGAUUCAACUGAUUAUGUUGAUCGUGGUUUUAAAGAGCGCACAGCAAAUCGUUGGACCGAACACAAAUAUUAG